AUGUCUCCAUCUCUUUUGGCUAGCGAAUGGGUUCGGGGCAAAAUGAUCGGAUCAGGAUCGUUCGGGGUUGUUCAUUUGGCGAUCAACAAAUCUAACGGCUCCCUUUUUGUGGUGAAAUCAUCGGAUUCUCAGGAGGGGAAUCAGUCUCUCCAGAAUGAAGCUAAUGUUCUCGCAAGCCUUGAUUCCCCUUACAUUGUACAGUGUCUUGGGAAAGAGGUUUCUGUAGGAGAAAACGGGGGUCACCCGAAAACGAAUCUUUUCAUCGAGUACAUGGCGGCCGGAAGUCUCGGUGAUGUCGCUGAAAAACUCGGAGGAAAACUCGACGAAGGAGUCAUUCGUGUAUACACCCAAGAAAUCCUUAAGGGAUUGAAGUAUCUCCAUGAUAAUGGGAUUGUUCACGGGGAUUUGAAGUGUCAGAACGUGCUCUUGGGUUCAAAUGGAAACGUAAAAUUAGCUGAUCUCGGUUGUGCAAGACGUUUAAGAUCGAAUGCCACCACCGGCAACCGUAAGUUCCUUUGUGGGACUCCAUUAUGGAUGGCUCCGGAAGUACUAAGGAAUGAAGCAUUGGACUUCUCGGCAGAUAUUUGGUCUUUAGGGUGCACCGUUAUCGAAAUGGCAACUGGCAAGAGCCCUUGGGGUGAACUUGGUGUCUCCAACACAAUGGCUGCAAUCUUGAAGAUUGCUUCGAGCAACGAAUUGCCUUCAUUUCCUCGAGAAUUCCCGAAAUCGGGUUUGGAUUUUCUGAACAAGUGUCUCGUGAGGAAUCCAGAACGGAGAUCAACAGUAGACGAGCUCCUGAACCAUCCCUUUAUCAAGGGCGAAACCAAGGCUAAGAAACCAGAAUAUGAACACAUGUUCUCGCCAUUGAGCGUUCUUGAUAUCGGGCUUGGUGACGAUGGUUAUGAGUCGGAGGAUUCUGACGAGUUGGAAGAGACAAAACUUAGGAGUAAAAUCCCAUUUUCGGUUCGAUGUUACGAGAAGCAAAAAUCACCAAAGCAUCAUACAGAAAGUGAUCAGAUGGUUUCACAGGAAAAUUGGGUGACGAUUAGGAGUUAG